AUGUCUCUGGCCACCACUACCAUUCAUAAUAAUACGAUAGAUAAUUCACAUAUUCAAAUAUUUCUAGGAGGAAUACAUGAAGCUAAUCGUGAAUAUGUAUCGAAGAGUUUAUGUGAACGAAUUGAUGGUCUUAUAUCAUGUCAAUUUAUUGAUGAUAAUAAUCAAGUUGAUAUUUCCUAUGAUACAAAUAAACUUGAUCAAUAUACACUUUUAACUGCUAUUCAACGGCUAGGCCAUCCUGUACAGUUAAUAAACUCAGAAACUGUUCAAUGUCAAUUACGUAUUGAAGGCAUGCAUUGUAAUUCAUGUGUAUCAAAUAUUUGUGGUGCAGUACUUGAUUUACCCGGUGCUAUUGAUGUACAAUUAACAUUUCUUGAUAAACUUGCAACUAUUACUUAUGAUCCUUCGAUACUUCAUCUUGAUGAUAUUAUAACUGAAAUUGAAAAACUCAGUUUUCAAGUUGCUAUUUCAAAUGCUGUAGAAUCUAGAACAAUAACUGAAAAUGAUUCAAUACAUGAUCAAACAAUACCAACAUCCAGUGAAAUAAAUAUGAUUCGUACAAGAAGUGCUGAGGAUGAAACGAUAUUUAAGCGAUCGAAAUCAGUUGAUAGAACAAGUAGACAUCCUUCAUUAUCUAAACAAAAUGAUGAUACUGAUGAAACUGAAUUAGAAACAUGUUAUCUCAAUGUUCUUGGUAUGACCUGCGCAUCAUGUGUUGAUAGUAUACAACGAAAUUUAGGAAAAGUUGAAGGUAUUCAUUCAGUAUUAGUUGCUUUAUUAGCACAGCGUGCUGAAGUCAAAUACGAUCCAGCACAUUUUUUACCAACACAAAUAGCUGCAUUAAUAGAUAACCUUGGUUUUCAAGCUGAAGUACUUGAAACAGUUGCACGUGGAAUGGAAAUAAUCGAUGUUAAUAUAGAAGGUAUGACAUGUGCAUCAUGUGUAAAUAAAAUUGAAACGAAUAUGAGUAAAAUAUCCGGUAUAAAAUCAGUUAAUGUUGUAUUACUUACAAAUCGUGGAAGAAUUCAAUAUGAUUCGAGUAUAAUUGGACCAAGAGAUAUUCUUAAACAAAUUGAAAAUCUUGGUUUUCCUGCAACAGUUUUAACUGAAAAUUUAAAAUCCGAAGAUUUAGCACGUUCACAUCGACGUAUAACACGUCAAUGGAGAAAUUCAUUUAUUAUUGCUGCUAUUUUUGGCAUUCCUGCAAUGGUUAUUAUGCUUGUUUUUAUGUUUAAAUAUACAGAUCAUUCAACAGCACCACAUGUUACUGCUGGUUUAUCAGUUGAAAAUUUAAUUAUGUUUUUAUUAGCUACACCUGUGCAAAUUAUUAGUGGUCGAUAUUUUUAUAUUCAAGCAUUCAAAUCAUUAAGACAUAAAACAGCUAAUAUGGAAGUUCUAAUUGUAUUAGCUACAACUACUGCAUAUGUUUAUUCUAUUGUUGUUGUUAUUGUAAAUAUGAUAAUGAAAAUACCUAGUCCUAUGGCAUUCUUUGAUGUAUCACCUAUGCUUUUCAUGUUUGUUGCAUUGGGACGAUGGCUUGAACAUACUGCUAAAGCUAAAACAUCAGAAGCAUUGAAAAAAUUAUUAUCACUUCAACCACCACAAGGUACAUUGGUGAAAUUAGAUAAGACAGGCAAAAUUAUUGAAGAAAAAAUAGUUCUUGCUCAACUUAUUCAACGUGAUGAUUUACUUAAAGUUCAACCUGGUGAAACAAUUCCAACCGAUGGUCGAAUUAUUACUGGAACAACAACUUGUGAUGAAUCUUUAAUAACAGGAGAAUCAAUGCCUGUAGAUAAAACAGUGGGUGCACAAGUUGUUGGUGGUACAAAAAAUCUCGAUGGUUUAAUUAUAAUGCGUGCAACACAUGUUGGUCAAGAAACAGCACUAAAACAAAUAAUUCGUUUAGUUGAAGAUGCUCAAACAUCGAAAGCACCAAUUCAACAAUUAGCUGAUAAAGUUGCUGGCUAUUUUGUACCAUUUGUUGUAUCGAUUUCAUUGCUUACAUUAAUCAUAUAUAUUGUAUUGGGUUUUACAAUUUUUGAUACAAUGAAAAAAUAUUCAUCAUAUUAUCAAUCAAUGGAUGAUGAUGGAUCAUCACGUGGUGGACAUUCGACUGAUAUGUAUGGAGCAACAAAAACUGAAAUUAUACUUGAACUUGCUUUUCGUUAUGCUAUUACGGUUUUAUCAAUUGCUUGUCCAUGUGCAUUAGGUUUAGCAACACCAACGGCUGUUAUGGUUGGCACAGGUAUUGGAGCAUCGAAUGGUAUAUUGAUCAAAGGUGGAGAACCACUUGAAUCUGCUCAUAAAAUACGUACAAUUGUAUUUGAUAAAACAGGAACAAUUACCAAAGGCAAACCAACUGUGAUUGAUAAAAGAAUAUUUUUUCAAAAUUCACAUAUGACAUUAGAUCGUAUGUUAGCUAUAGCAGGAACAGCUGAAAGUGGAUCAGAACAUCCAUUAGCUUUAGCUGUACGUAAUUAUUGUAAAGAAUAUUUUGCUACUGAACAAUUAGGUCUUUGUCGUGAUUUCAAAGCUAUUUGGGGAUAUGGUCUUCAAGCUCGUGUUAGUGAUAUUGAUUCUGUUAUAAACAGUACGAAUUCAAAUUCAUCACAAACAUAUUCAGUUUUAAUUGGAAAUAGAGAAUGGAUGAAAUGUAAUCAUUUAAAAGUCGAUGAUGGUAUUGAUAAGACAAUGUCUGUACAUGAACAUGAUGGUCAUACAGCAGUAUUAGUAGCAAUAGAUGGUAAAAUAGUUGGUAUGUUAGCUAUAGCUGAUGAAGUAAAGCCAACAGCUGCAUUAACCAUCUAUGCAUUACAAUCACUUGGUCUACGUACUAUUUUAUUAACAGGUGAUAAUGUUAAAACAGCUCGUGCUAUUGCCAGUCAAGUAGGCAUUAAAACUGUUUAUGCUGAAGUAUUACCUACACAUAAAGAACGUUUUAUUGCUAAUUUAAAAGAAAAUGAUAAGUCUCAUGGUAAAAUAGCUAUGGUUGGUGAUGGAAUUAAUGAUUCACCAGCAUUGGCACGUGCUGAUGUUGGUAUUGCUGUUGGUACAGGUGCAGAUGUAGCUGUUGAAGCAGCAUCAAUUGUAUUAAUCCGUGAUGAAUUAUUUGAUGUUGUUGCUGCAAUUAUGCUUUCAAAAAAGACUGUAUGGCGUAUUCGAAUUAAUUUUAUGUUUGCUACUGUUUAUAAUAUAAUUGGUAUUCCAAUAGCUGCGGGUGUACUUCUUCCAGCUGGUGUUCAACUUAUGCCUUGGAUGGCAUCGGCAGCAAUGGCAUUAUCAUCUGUCAGUGUUGUUGUUUCAUCAUUACUUUUACGUUAUUUUAAAAAACCAAGAAUGGAUCAAUUUGAAAAAGAUAGUCGUUAUCGUGAAUGGUCACUAAAUAAAUCAAAUGGUAUUAUCGUUCAUCGUGGUAUUGAUAAUUUACCGCUACAUCGAUCGAAAGGAACAAGUAUUAUAUCAAGCCUUAGAAAUAGUCGAUUGUCACAAAUUGUCGGAGAAUCUAUCUCAGCUAUUAAAAAUGCUAUUAUGGAUGAAAAAAGAAAAGCAACAGUAUUUUUUAGUGAUGAACGAUUUCCUAAUCAGAAUAAAGAAGAAGAAAUGGAAUUACAAAUAUCAGCAUUAUAA